AUGGCUUCUCAUCACCAUCACCACCAUCACGGGCAUGGGCAUGGGCACGGAGAUGACCAUGGACAUGGACAUGGACAUGGAUGUGGAUGUGGAGACGGACAUGACCAUUCCCAUGACCUCGAGCCGGCGCUACAGUCAAACCUCUACAAGCAAAUCAACUUCGAAGGCAUCAUUACUCUUAACGAGGCUGAGCCCCGGUCAGGAGCGGCUAUUGUUCAGAAAACAUGGGAUGAACGUCUCAAUGAGCGACCCGUUCUCGAAAGCGACGCAGACGAGCAACUCCUGAUGCAUGUCCCCUUUGGCGGAUCAUGCAAGCUGUACUCGAUCCUCAUCCGCACUUCAGAGUCCGACUCGGCGCCAUCGACGCUCAAGCUCUUUCGCAACAGAGAUGACAUGGACUUUGGCCUGGCUAGCGAACUGCAACCGACUCAGACACUCAAUCUUCCCAAAAGUAACGACGUGAUGGAAAUCCCCUUGAACCGUGCGUUGUGGAACGGCACCACCUCGAUCAACUUGUUUUUCGAAGACAAUCAUUCUGGCGGCGAAGAAGAUGUCACUCGGAUAGGGUAUUUGGGCUUCAAGGGCGAUUUUAUGGCACUCAACCGAGAACCAGUCAGUGUGUUGUAUGAAGCCGCGGCGAAUCCUCAGGACCAUAAAUUGAUCCAAGGUCUAACCAACGUCGGUCACUCCACGCCUGGACAGUAA